AUGGGAAAUACUCUUUACACAAAUAAAGAAUUUACUUCUACAACAAAUUCAGAUAUUUUUUAAGUUAAUAAUGCAAUGUUUUUAUGGUUGUAUUAAAAUAAUCUUAUAUCAAUUUAUCCCUUUUUUAAUUUAAUUAAUCCCUCAACUUUUGAACCAAAAUAUUUUUAUCGAAUCUAUCAAUUUUAUGUCUAUUCAAAUGCUGAAAUUUAUGUAUCAAUCUCUUUGCAUUUUAAAAUGAAUCAUUAUUUAAUAAUUAAAUCUUUAACUCUUUCAUUUGGAAUCGAAGAACAAAAUUACAAAGCCAAUUCUUAAAGUUAUCCAUAAGAUUAGUAUGACCAAUAUUUUAUGCGAAAUGUGUAUGAAGUUUUUUUUGAUUUUGCUUCAACAAGAAUUUUAUACUGUCCAACUUGGAUACCCAUCAAUAAGUUAGUUUUUGAAGCUAUUAGAUCCAUAAUACAUAUUUUAUUCUCUUCAAAAUAUAUUAUUAUUAUUACUUAAUCAAACAUAUAUGAGAUAAUCAAUUUUUAAAAAAUUAUGAAUUUAUGUUAUCCAAAAAUUAAAUAAUUUCAAAUCAUUAAAAAUUUUUGGGGCAUAAUAAUUUCUGUCAAAUUCCAUAGUUUAUAAGUUGAUAUUUAGAGUUACUCGUCAUCUAAAAAUAAAUUAAUUUUCAAAAGUAAAUCUAAAUUAAUAAAAGACUAUAAAUCUCAAAGAAUUUUAAGUUCUAAAAUAAUACAAAAUAUGAAAUUCUGA